AAAAGGAUUAUAAAAAGAUUAAAAGCGCGUGGUAUUUUUUCUCCCGUUGCAACGCACGGGCCCUUUUGCUAGUAGUACCAAUCAUCAUAUCACACCACCAUGUAUUAUAAGACCCUUCACCUCCAGAUGUUAAAGCAUGACCUGGUACAGCAUCCAACCUUCAAACGCAAUGCUUCUUGUUGCCAUCCUAUACGUACUUCUCCUCUCUGCCCUCCACGCUCCAUGUUCUGCAGCAAGAAGCACGAUUGUAGCCGGUGAUCGCCUCACCGGCGAUGACAAGCUCGUCUCUCGCAAUGGCAAGUAUGUGCUUGGCUUCUUCCAACCAGGCAGUGAGUACUCCUCCCAACAGACUCCCGUUCACUGGUACCUAGGCCUAUGGUUUGGUAAGAUACCCAAGUUAACCCCAGUAUGGGUUGCAAAUAGGGACAGCCCGAUCGUAGAUCAUAGGAUAUCGGAGCUCACAAUCUCCGAUGAUGGUAACCUUGUCAUCUUAAAUCAAGUCACCAAAUCGAUAAUUUGGUCGACCCAUGCUAAUAUCACAUCCAAGAACACUGCAGUUGUGCUCCUGGACAGUGGGAACCUCAUCUUAGGAGAUGCAUCUAACUCAUCCAACGUCAUAUGGCAGAGCUUUGAUUAUCCUACUGAUGGUUUGCUCCCUGGUGCAAAGCAAGGCGUGGAUAAGGUCACCGGUUUGAACCGCCACCUUGUUUCCAAGAAGAGCUUGAUAGAUCCAGCUCCUGGCCGUUAUUGUGUGGAAUUAGAUACCGCUGGUCCUGGCCAAUUCCUCUACAAACUAUGCAAUUCGUCCAUAGUAUAUUGGUCUAGUGGGGAAUGGAAUGGUCAUUACUUCAGUUCGCUGCCAGAAAUGAGUGGACCCAAUCUUUUUAACUUUGAAUUUGUCAACAACAAAAAAGAGGAGUACUUCAUAAAAUAUUUAACAGAUGACAAGCUGAUAACUGUUAGCCUUUUGGACAUUUCUGGACAGGAAAAGCAACUUGUCUGGGUUGAGAGUUCACAAGCUUGGGUGACAGUCUUCACCCAGCCUAGAGAUCAAUGUGAUGUCUAUGCUACAUGUGGAUCAUUCACAAUCUGCAACAGCAACACAACCCAAGUGUGUAAUUGCCUGAAGGGCUUCUCAAUAAGGUCACCUAAGGAUUGGGAGAUAGAGGACCGAUCUGGCGGGUGCAUAAGAAAUGUGCCACUGGACUGCGGUGCCAGGAAUCAAAGCAGAAAUGCAACGACUGACAAGUUCUACCCCAUGACAAGAGUCAAAUUGCCUGCAAUGCCCAUAGUUAUAGAAGCUGCUGGGAGCAUAGACCACUGCGCACAAGCUUGCCUAGAUAAUUGCUCUUGCAUUGCAUAUUCCUAUGGCAACCGAUGCUCCCUGUGGUAUGAUGACUUGAUUAACAUUAAACAUGAUAAUAUUGGAACCACUAGUGAUGACGAGGUUCUCUACUUACGCAUCUCUGCCAAGGAUGCAGAAAGUUGGAGAAAUACAAAGAGAGGGAAGGAGGUUAUUUGGGCUAUUACUGCUGCAAGCAUCGUUGCUUUGGUUUUGUUGGCAGUUGUCAUGUGGUUUCUGCUGAUAUGGAGGAGCAAGAGGAAGCAGACUACCGGCAUGUACAAUAAUGUACAAGGUGGCAAUGGAAUUAUGGCUUUCAGAUACAUUGAUCUGCAACAUGCAACCAAAAAUUUCUCAGAGAAGCUAGGGGGAGGGAGCUUUGGAUCUGUAUUCAAAGGGUCACUAACUAACUCUACAACUAUUGCGGUGAAAAGGCUUGAUGGUGUCCGUCAGGGAGAAAAGGAAUUCAGAGCCGAAGUGAGUUCAAUUGGGAUCAUCCAACACAUCAAUUUGGUUAAACUAAUUGGAUUUUGCUGCCAGGGCAGUAUGAGACUGCUUGUGUAUGAAUACAUGCCAAAUAUUUCCCUCGAUGCACAUCUCUUCCGCAGCAAUACAAAGAUACUAAGUUGGAAUGUCCGUUACCAAAUAGCCAUCGGAAUUGCAAGAGGAUUAACAUACUUGCAUGAGAGUUGCAGGGAUUGCAUCAUACACUGUGAUAUCAAGCCACAGAACAUACUUCUUGACGCCUCAUUCAUACCUAAAGUUGCAGACUUUGGUAUGGCCAAAUUUCUAGGGAGGGAUUUUAGCCGAGCCUUGACUACAUUUAGAGGAACUAUAGGCUAUCUCGCACCUGAAUGGAUCAGUGGAGUGGCCAUUACACCAAAAGUGGAUGUCUACAGCUACGGUAUGAUGUUGCUUGAAAUAGUAUCGGGUCAGAGCAACAAUACAUGUAAGGAGAAUAGCAGCACCAGUGAUCAUUCAGCAUAUUUCCCGGUUCAAGUUGCAAGGAAACUUCUCGAGGGAGAUGUUACGAGCUUGCUGGAUGACAAGCUACAUGGUGAUGUUAACUUGGAUGAAGCUGAGAGGGUCUGCAAGGUAGCCUGCUGGUGUAUCCAAGAUGGCGAAUCCAAUCGACCGACCAUGGGUGAAGUGGUUCAAAUCCUUGAGGGUUUGUUAGAAGUUGAAGUACCCCCAAUGCCAAGACUGCUACAAGCUGUUGCAUGAAGCUCACCAUAAACUUUAUUAUAUUCAGAAUCUGAAGGCAAAGCAGUACUGAUUACUGUUAAGAUCUGGUACUCGGCGAGAAUAAGAUCAUAGACUUGCUUCCAUGGUCCACAAUCAUUGUAAGCAUUUAUGUUCUGCAACUUAUCUUCGAUGCAUCUAAGGAUUGUAUUCUGGGAGAGACUGAACCAUGUACUCCCUCCGUUCCAAAAUAAGUGUCGCUGCUUUAGUACAAAAUUUGUACUAACGUAGUACUAAAUUUGCGUCACUUAUUUUAGGACAGAGGGAGUAUAUUUUGAUGGACCUGCUUCUAUGGCCCAUAAUCACUGCAAUUUGUAAGCAUAUAUCUUCUGCUAAUUAUCUUUGAGGGAAGCAUCCAAGGAUGAUAUUUUGGGAGAGACUGAUCCCACAAUUAUUUCAUACUACUCGGACUAGACUGUAGGAGUCUCUGUUAAAUCUGUUUGUGUGCAUUCUCUGGAUGUAUGGCAUACGAUCUGUGCUAUUUAGGCAAUUUAGUUAGUGAAUAACCUCGCAAAACCUAGAACUCAAACACGAUUCACCAUAUUGCUAAAGCAAAAGACAACGAAGCCGAGGGUUCCGCGA